GCUGAACCUUCCAGACAAAAGACAAACGCAUGCAUCUGAACCUGAAAGACAAAGAGAGCCAAAUUGCAAUUCCACGUGUCCUCGCCAUAUCCGUCCCUCACUUCCCUUCUCUUCCCCAUCGUUUUUCUCCACUUGUGGCUCUCUCUCCAGAUUCCAUUUGCGCCAUGGUUGGAGAAUUCAUCGAUUCGGCUUAUGCCUAGGGUAGGUGGGUGAGCUGUUUUUGUGCAUCAUUAGUUGGAUUGGACCGACCGUGGUGUGAUGCGAUAUGGGGGUGAUAAACGACGACGCCGUUUCGAUCGAUAAGGGGAAGAAGGCCGGGGACCCCUAUGUGAUUACCGUUAAUUGCCCCGACAAGACCGGCCUCGGCUGCGACAUCUGUCAUUCCAUUCUCGAAUACGGGCUUUACAUCACCAGAGGAGAUGUUUCAACAGAUGGCAAAUGGUGCUAUGUAAUACUAUGGGUGAUUCCUCAUUCGACUUCUCGUGUUGUGAGAUGGGUGAGUCUGAAAGAGCGCCUCCAAUCUUUUUGUCCACCCUCAAUAACACCAUUUUACUUAGGACAGUCUUCCCCACGAGCUACGUCUUCCCCUGUUUACUUGCUGAAGUUUUGCUGCGUCGACAGAAAAGGGUUGUUGCAUGAUGUCACUCAAGCACUUGAUGAACUUGAGCUGGAGAUUCAGAAAGUAAAAGUGAGCACAACUCCUGAUGGUUCUGUUUUGGACCUCUUCUUCAUAAGAGAUAACUUGUCUCUUUUACAUACAGAAGAGAGGCAAGAUGAAACGUGUCGGCGCUUGUAUGAGGUUUUGGGUGAUUCAUGUAUUAGUUGCGAACUCAAGUUAGCGGGCCCACAAUAUGACAAGCUUCAGAGCAUUUCAUCUCUGUCUCAACAUGAUGCUGAAGAAAUAUUUAGCUUCACACUAUCUGAAAAGGAACUUCGAUCACAGGCUCUUAGUCCGGAUAUUACAGAGUUGAAAAGAGCUACUGUAAAAACCGAUAACUCCUUGAGCCCUUCUCAUACUUUACUUCAAAUCAACUGUGUAGACCACAAGGGCUUUCUUUACGACAUCAUGCGAACAUUGAAGGACUGCAAUAUCAAGAUUCUGUAUGGUAGAUUUUCACCUGUAAUCAAGGGUCGCCGGGAACUUGACCUAUUUAUUCAAAAUCAAGAUGGGAAAAAGAUAGUGGAUCCCGACAAGCAAGAUGCCCUAUGUUCGAGCUUAAAACUGGAAUUGCUUCACCCACUGCGUGUUCUCAUCAGAAAUCGUGGUCCAGAUACCGAGCUUUUGGUAGCCAAUCCAGUUGAGCUCUCCGGGAGAGGAAGACCACGGGUUUUCUAUGAUGUUACUUAUGCCCUCAAGGAUCUCGGAAUAUGUGUAUUCUUGGCUGAAAUUGGAAGGCAUCAAGCAACGGAGCGAGAAUGGGAAGUCUACUGCUUCCUUCUUGAAGAGAAUUCCAGAUUUCCACUUUCGACAAGAGGUGCCCGCAAUCAGAUUGUGGACAAGGUUCGAAGAACAUUGAUGGGUUGGUAAGCUUGCUCCAUUCUCACCUCGUCUUGAUUUGUUAAGAGCGAUGAAAAUGAUUGAUUCGUAGUGUGAGAAAGCAAGAAAAGAAAUGGCAGUUGGAUUGUGAUUGAUUCUUGGUGUCAUUGUUCAAUGUUUUGGGUUUGUCAAAAAGAGAUUUUAAGAUUCAGAUCAUUCAGUUUGCAUGCAUGGUUCAAAUUAAUUAUGUUUUGGUUUUUCUUUUUGUCGAUUUCUAGAGGUCUUAUAUACCUAUUCAGCGCCUGUUAAUGUCAACAAUAUUCUGAAUUAAUUUCAACGACCA